CCUGCCACUGGCUCUGCUGCCGGCAGCCGGUAGAGCUCGUGUCGGUCCAGUCCGCGCGGCUGCCGGCUCCUGGAGCUGUGGUUCUCUCCCUGCCUCCUUCGCGGCUUCAGCCUCGGCCACCCCCUCAGCCCUCCGGCGCCGCAGCUGGCGCCGCCGCCCGACCCGCAGUCCGCCGCGGGCCGCGGAGCCCAUGAAGGCGCGGGCCCCGCCGCCGCCUUCGCGGCGUCGCAGUCGUCCCAGAGCUCCCCGAGCUGGCGCGGGCAUGGCCACGGCAUGAGCGUGCAGCUGCCGAGGGAGCUGGAGGAGAAGGCGGUGUCGGAGCCCGAGGCGGGAGCUAUGCCGGAGAAGCGCGCGGGCCCGCAGGCCGCGGGCAGCAGCAGCUGGGUACAAGGCUUUGGCCGACCAAGUGUAUACCAUGCUGCUAUUGUCAUCUUCCUUGAAUUCUUUGCAUGGGGCCUAUUGACCACUCCAAUGUUGACUGUUCUACAUGAAACAUUUCCUCAACACACAUUCCUUAUGAAUGGUCUCAUUCAAGGUGUGAAGGGCCUGCUCUCUUUUCUGAGUGCUCCGCUCAUAGGUGCUCUGUCUGAUGUGUGGGGGAGGAAGCCCUUUCUCCUCGUUACUGUCUUCUUUACCUGCUUCCCAAUCCCACUGAUGAGGAUCAGCCCAUGGUGGUAUUUUGCAAUGAUUUCUGUUUCUGGAGUCUUCUCAGUCACGUUCUCUGUGAUAUUUGCCUACGUAGCUGAUGUCACUAAGGAGCACGCACGGAGUACUGCUUAUGGAUGGGUCUCAGCCACUUUUGCAGCUAGUCUGGUCAUCAGCCCCGCCAUUGGAGCAUACCUUUCUGCCAAUUAUGGAGACAGCCUAGUUGUGCUGGUAGCCACAGUGGUGGCUCUUCUAGACAUCUGCUUCAUCUUAGUGGCUGUUCCGGAAUCUCUGCCUGAGAAAAUGAGACCGGUUUCCUGGGGAGCUCAGAUUUCUUGGAAACAAGCAGACCCUUUUGCGUCACUGAAAAAAGUUGGAAAAGAUUCUACUGUCUUACUAAUCUGCAUCACUGUGUUUCUUUCAUACCUUCCUGAAGCUGGACAGUAUUCAAGUUUUUUUCUCUAUCUCAGGCAGGUCAUAGGUUUUGAAUCUGCUAAAAUUGCAGCAUUUAUAGCUAUGGUAGGAAUUCUGUCUAUUGUGGCUCAGACAUUCUUUCUUAGCAUCUUGAUGAGAUCAUUAGGUAAUAAGAAUACUGUCCUCCUUGGCUUGGGCUUCCAGAUGUUCCAGUUAGCCUGGUAUGGUUUUGGAUCUCAGGCCUGGAUGAUGUGGGCAGCAGGGACUGUGGCCGCCAUGUCCAGUAUUACGUUUCCAGCAGUCAGUGCUCUUGUCUCUCGGAAUGCAGAGUCAGAUCAGCAAGGAGUUGCCCAGGGGAUCAUAACUGGAAUAAGAGGACUAUGCAAUGGCCUGGGGCCAGCACUUUAUGGCUUCAUAUUCUACAUGUUCCACGUGGAACUGACCGAAUUGGGCCCGAAAUUGAAUUCUGACAAUGCUGUCCUACAGGGAGUUGUCCCAGGCCCACCAUUUUUAUUUGGGGCAUGUAUAGUUCUUAUAUCUUUUCUGGUUGCCUUAUUCAUCCCUGAAUACAGUAAAGCCAGUGGAGUUCAAAAACAUAGCAACAGUGGCAGUGGCAGCCUGACCAACACCCCAGAACGGGGCAGUGAUGAGGACAUUGAACCACUGCUACAAGACAGCAGCAUCUGGGAGCUCUCUUCCUUCGAGGAGCCUGGGAAUCAGUGCACUGAGCUGUAAACUCAGCAGAAAAGGGGAUUCUGCAGAUGCCAUCUCUGAGAGCUGAGCCGUGGAGGGACCACACCACAUGGAAACCUCAUGGUGCUGGAGGGGAGAUGCUAGAUGCUAGCAGCAUCCUUCAGGGCCAAGUUUGAUAAAUGACCCCCUCCAUCAUUUUGCCCUUCCUCCUCCUAUUUCUUUUCUUCCAUUCUUUUUCUUUCUGUGUAUACGUUAGCAUAAGGUAAGAUAUGAAGUACUUCCUUGAAAAUAUUGUGCAACUCUCAAGGUGAAACUCAAAUAGAAAAAAUGAUGGCUUUCCUGUAGUAACUCCAGAAUAAGAAUGUCAGCAAUCUUUCCGUGCCCUUCUCAGCAGAAGGUACAGGAUUGUAGUAGGACUGCCAUCUCUGGCAAGAUUGCAGGUAAAGAAUUCCUUCUUAUUUUCUUUCUUCCUGUUUCUCUGAAUUAUUCCUACUUAGCCCAUGGGUGUUAAUGAGUGGUCACUCUUAAUUAAGAGUCACUCAGUAUCAGGGAUUUAUUGUCUUUGUUCAAAGGUCAAAUGAAAACCUAGUUUUACUCUCCUUUUAUUUUCUCUACUUCCUAUUUUUGGCUAGAAUGAGAUUCAAUAAAUAUACAUCUAUGGACAUUAAUAAUACCGACCAAUGGUUACCUUAAUUAACUACAUGAAGCAAAUUUUUCUUAUAAAUUUAAAUCAUACAGAAAUCGCAACUCAGAUUCCUGGACCUAGUGUCCUAGUCAGAUCCAAGGUGAUUUUACAGAAGAAAAAAACACAUCUAGCAUUCUCAUGGCAAUGUAGAAAUUGGAGGCUGCUUCUAAGAAAGUUUUUUAACAAUUUGAAAAUUCCUAAGUAAGGGCGAUAGUAACUAGAUACCAGUGGAGUUUAUAUCCAAGUUCAGACUCAUAAUGCAUUAUUACUGUUGGCUGUUUCCCACAUCUCCUAUGUCCUUCUCAGUUUCUCUCCUCCAUCACACUCCUGCCUUAACUGCUUUGUAGUAUGCAUUUGUUUUUAAUAAUUUUUAUUUCAAGCUGUUUAUUUGACUUUUGAAUCUCAUGGGAAUACGCACAUCAAAUUCCUUUCUAAAAUAUUAUGGUUUAGUGAAGCUCAGUUUCACAAAAAGUGUCUUGCUAAUUUUUUGAGGUAUUUUAUGGACAAAGAAAACUUUACAGAUUUAUAUGUAUUUUGCUGCAUCAGUAAAUGGACCAUUAUCUAUCUAGAGCCUACCUUUAACAGAGCACUCCUUUGAAAGUUUUAUAGCUAUGACAUAUAUGUAGAUAUUUGUAAGGGGUUUUAAUUUUUUUUUGAUGCUGUGUAAAUCUUGUAUUUAUAAAUGUAAUGAAGGUAUUGAUAGAAAAAAUAUAUACAACUUUUAUAAAGGAUUGUGUACUGACUGAAUACAUUUAAAAGAAAAUAUAUUUUGAAACCUGUUCUGCUAUGAACAGAGAUAACAUAUCUUUUUACUAUGCUGUUGGUUUUUAGGUUAAGCUUCCUAAUGCAUAAUAAAUUUACAAUGGAUAUUUUUA